ACCGGCAUCAAAGCAGAGCUGGAGAGGAGGCAAGCGGGAAGGGAACUCGACUGUCGCUGUGCUCCGAGCAUCCCGGGAACUUACCGUGUGGACAAGCCUGGCCCUACAGAAGCUGCGGGUGCAGCCCUAGCUCCCCGCCCUUUUCGAAGCUCUCGUGGAGCCUCACGCCCCAGGCGAGCUUUCGUCAUUUAGCACAAAGCACGUUUCUAAAAAGCAGCGCUAGCGAGGGCGCCCGGGCCACGAUCCCGCGCACGCACUCCCUCUUCCCCUUUGUUUUGGGGGGUCGACACGUCAUUCUCCUCCCCAAGUCUGAAUUCUUCGCAAAAGGCAGAGGGCGGCUAAGUCUAGGCUGUGAAGAUGCCCUUGGAGCUGACUCAGAGCCGGGUUCAGAAGAUCUGGAUUCCAGUCGACCAUCGCCCCUCGCUGCCUAGAUCCUGUGGGCCAAAGCUGACCAACUCCCCGACAGUGAUCGUGAUGGUGGGCCUCCCAGCCCGGGGUAAGACCUACAUCUCCAAGAAGCUGACUCGAUACCUCAACUGGAUUGGUGUCCCCACGAAAGUGUUCAAUGUCGGGGAGUACCGCCGGGAGGCCGUGAAGCAGUACAGCUCCUACAACUUCUUUCGCCCGGACAAUGAGGAGGCCAUGAGAGUCCGAAAGCAGUGUGCUCUAGCUGCCUUGAGAGACGUCAAAAGUUACCUGACAAAGGAAGGGGGCCAGAUUUCAGUUUUCGAUGCCACUAAUACUACUAGAGAGAGGAGGCACAUGAUCCUUCAUUUUGCCAAAGAAAAUGAUUUCAAGGUGUUUUUCAUCGAGUCUGUGUGUGAUGACCCCACAGUCGUAGCUUCCAACAUCAUGGAAGUGAAAAUCUCCAGCCCGGAUUACAAAGACUGCAACUCAGCAGAAGCUAUGGACGACUUCAUGAAGAGAAUUAACUGCUACGAAGCCAGCUAUCAGCCCCUCGACCCUGAUAAAUGUGACAGGGACCUGUCACUGAUCAAGGUGAUUGACGUGGGCCGGCGGUUCCUGGUGAACAGAGUCCAGGACCACAUUCAGAGCCGCAUCGUGUAUUACUUGAUGAACAUCCAUGUGCAGCCCCGCACCAUCUACCUGUGUCGGCACGGCGAGAGCGAGCACAACCUCCAGGGCAAGAUUGGCGGGGACUCGGCCCUGUCCGGCAGGGGCAGGAAGUUUGCCAGUGCGCUGAGCAAGUUUGUGGAGGAGCAGAACCUGAAGGAGCUCAAGGUGUGGACCAGCCAGCUGAAGAGCACCAUCCAGACGGCAGAGGCCCUCCAGCUCCCCUACGAACAGUGGAAGGCACUCAAUGAGAUCGAUGCGGGUGUCUGUGAGGAGAUGACCUACGAGGAGAUCAGGGACACCUACCCCGAGGAGUUUGCCCUGCGCGAGCAGGACAAGUACUAUUACCGGUACCCCACCGGGGAGUCUUACCAGGACCUGGUCCAGCGCCUGGAGCCGGUGAUCAUGGAGCUGGAGCGUCAGGAGAACGUGCUGGUCAUCUGCCACCAGGCUGUUUUGCGUUGCCUCUUGGCUUAUUUCCUGGAUAAGAGUGCAGAGGAAAUGCCUUACCUGAAAUGCCCCCUUCACACUGUCCUCAAACUGACACCUGUCGCUUAUGGUUGCCGUGUAGAAUCCAUCUGCCUGAACGUGGAGUCAGUGAACACACACCGGGAGAGGUCAGAGGAUGCAAAGAAGGGACCUAACCCACUCAUGAGACGCAAUAGUGUCACCCCACUAGCCAGCCCUGAGCCCACCAAAAAGCCUCGCAUCAACAGCUUUGAGGAGCAUGUGGCCUCUACCUCCGCUGCCCUGCCCAACUGCCUGCCCCCGGAGGUGCCCUCACAGCUGCCUGGACAACCUUUGCUAGGGAAAGCCUGUUUACGAACUGUCUGUCACAUUUUCUCAAAGUUUUCUCCUUACUAACCUUGGAAAGAACCUGAAAGGCUCCCAGAGCGGUGUUGACUCUUCCCGGACACACUGAGCAGACCCACCAUUCCAUUCCAUUGCCUUCCUGCCCCUUAGGUAGGGCUCUUCACCACCCGCGACCAACAACCCCACGGACUUCUCCCGGAAGAGGGUGGGGUCUGCUGGUCAAAGACGACUCAUGCCCCCAGUAGCAUCGGGUCGGCCGAGACCCCAGAAUGCCUCUCCCGUGUGCGUGCGCGAAGUCCAUGUUUCAGCCACCCUGCCCCGUGCUCUGCCUGCCGUCUGGGGCUCUGUGGCCUCACUGACCCUGAGGCUUGGUGAGGACCUUGAGCGGUAGAGGAGGUGAGAGAAGGCUCUGAGGAGGGGAUAUCGGGUGCCUCUGGGCUGUUUUGUUUCGUUUCUGUGAUCUUGGUCUGGAAUGUUCUCAGCUGGGGAGAUGACACCAGCCCCAGAAUCCUAAAAUCCAAGGGGCCUGGAUCCCGGUUGUUAAAGAUUUGGGGAUGUUGAAAACUUGCACACGGCCCGUUUGUGCAUCUUGGAUGUUGACUUUUGAAGGAAGGACUCGGGCGCGUGCUGGGAGGGGGCCGCUGGGAAAGCCAGUCUGGAGACGCAGAGAGACACCCCUGAGCUGGACCUGCUCGUCAGCUAAGCAGCAACCCUCCACAUGUCCCCACACCUUCCCAGGUCUGUGCUCUGCCUCUGAAGAUGUGGAAGGACAAUGUGGCUGUGUCACAAGAGGAGAUGACACUGGGGCCUUACCGCCCAGGGAGCUCCUCUGUCCCUCUGCUCUCCGGCCUGGACCCAAGGCACCUGAGAGAUGUCUCCUUGGGGGCUUCUUGCUUUUGCACUUUUUUAUGGCAGAGUAUGUGACCUGGCAGUCACAUCUUCUCUUCAGGAACGUAGAUGUUUGGGUUUUGUGCUCUUGGGGGCUGGAACUCGGAAAGAAUGUGGGGAGUCAGGCAUGCCCAUGAGAUGGGGAGCUCAGAGGGACCCCAGUAAACCCACUGGGGAGCAAGUGCUCAAACCAUUGCAAGAAUGACCCCAGGAGCCAGCGUGGAGAAGCACAAGCAUCCGGCCUCCUUCCUUCAAGACGUUCAUCACCUCCCACGUUUCCCAGGUGGGGACAGUGGCCCAAGUCAGGCCUCACUUAUGGCCACUUCCUCCAAGAGGCUGUCCGUGGUCUCCCGGCAGAAUUCGGCUCAAUUCUGCAUGUUUUCAUCAAGCAUCUGGUGUACGCCAAGCAUGGCGCUGGGUUCCUUGGGGAAUGUCCUCUCUUGCCUUCGUGGAGCCUGUGGCAACUUUGUUUUUUGGGGGUGGGGGGUGGGGCAUGUUCUAAGCGGGGCUUUUGGAACAUGUGGUUCUAAACACCUGGUUUCUCCUUGUUGCCUCCAACUUCUGGGGGAGGAAGCGGGUAUCCUGAGGCCCAGAAGAAGUGAUUCGGAGAUUCAGCGGUAGUUUGUCCAAAUGACCCUUGUAAAGAUCUCUAAAAGCUGGUGCCAAAGGUCACUUUCCUUUUCUGCCCUCUGCUUUUGAGCCUGAUAUCCUCACCCCUCUUAGCUUAUGAAAUAGCUGAGAGCAGGCGUGGGUGGGGGGGUGCUUAGACAGCUGGAGCAGGAAGCAGAGAGACGAGCUUUUCCUGUUUUUGUUUUUAUUUUGUUUGAGAGGAGCUUUUAGAGAAUAUACGUUUCUGUGGUUGGGAUUACAUGGGCAGUGGGACGCACUUCAGAUACCAUACAGUCAAGUUUGAGGUUUUCACACCAAACCAUUCAGUCCCUGCUCCCUUUACUUGGCAAUCUGCUUGAGAGGAUAGCUGCACGUACAUUCCGGGGAGACUGAAGCCGUGGGUUAUUUUACCUCCUUCCCCGCCAUCUUGAGCCUAGUGGACAGUGUGUUUGUAGGUUGGUCAUAGUUUUUGACAGAGGGGGCUGUAGCUCCGCUCUGGAGAAGGGCUUUCUUGUGUCCCCACUUUCUGGCCUCCUUUCUUUCUCGUUGUCAGAACCGCCUCUUGAUUUUUUUACUCUUCCAGCCAAGCUGAGUGGGGCCAUGUGACGGUAUGUGCCCCUUGCCUCGGACAGCCUGAAGUCCUUAACAGACAUAAACCACGGAACAUUAGUUUGGAAGGGCUGCAUGGGGCAGGGGGCCUUGGCGAGAGCAGGCCGCCGCUGAGAUGAGAGCCAGCCCUCUGACCUCAGGAGGCACUGGAUGGAGGGUGUGUUGGAGCUGCAGUCCUGGAGUUGUUGCUACUCCAGUGACUCUCGCCCCCCCACCCCCUGAAGCAUACCUGGGACCAAUUUUUUUAACUUCGAAUAAUUUUUUUCAGGGGAGGUAGGCUUACCCCCCGCCCUCCUUUUUCUGUCCUGAGACCAUGGACGAAACUCUUCACUUGGGGGAAGAAGAAAAGCUGUUUGAACCACACCAAUGAUGAUUUCGUUUGUAAUACUUGAAAAUUAUUUUUUUAUUAUUUUGAUAGCAGAUGUGCUAUUUAUUUAUUUAAUAUGUAUAAGGGAGCCUGAAAACAGAAAGCUGUAUAGAUUGGGUUUAUUGUUCGUUGGUUGGUUUGGGGCCUUUAUGUGUGACUUAUGACUUCUCUGCGUUCUGUAUAUUUGUCUGAAUCAGUUUACCUGGGAUAAAGCUGUGCCAGCUUUCAAACAGGGGAUGCCUUUCAGAAAUUUGUAUAUUUUGCAGUUGCCAAAACAAUAAAACACCUGAUUGAAAUACA